AUGACAACGACUGCCACGAGAAACGAUGACACUUUCCCCCCGCUGACGCGUUCCGCGACGCUACCCAUCGAUGUCGGUUCUUCCGUACGAGCGCGUUCUCACCUCGCUCCGGAAGACGCCGUUAAUACCGCCUCGCUGCCCCCUCGACUGAACGGAUUCGAGAACAAUGGACUGCAUGACUGGGGCGCCGAGUCGCUUCCUCGACGGUUGCGAUCGAAGCUCGGCAGUCGAAGUAGAAGCAGGCGGCGGAAGCGCAACUGGAAGAAAAUAUUAUGGGUGAAACAAUCCUACCCAGACAACUAUACCGACCAGAUGACAUUCUUGGACAGUCUGCAGCGCAACCCACGUCUCCAGCCGUACGACUUCUGGCCGCUUGUUGCUGAUUCCACUGUCAUCGUACAGCAGGUGUGCUCCGUCAUCGUCUUCGUCGUGAGCUUCGUCGGCAUCUUCACAGAGCGUGUGUCGCCCGUCGCAGUCGUGGGGUGGGGAAGCUUUGCGACGUUUGUAGGAUGGCUGAUAUGGGACUGGUGGGUGGGCCAGGAGGAUGAGGACGAGGUCCUGCAACGGCAAAACAGCCACCGUAUUCGAGGAGCCAGACACCCCCGACCAGAAGGCGGCAAUGCCUCUACAGUAGCAAAUACACCAUCGGCUGCAAGCUCCGUGACAAAUCUCGGCAGUACCGAGAGGAACCCAUCACAGGCGAAUCUGGGUAGCACCGACCGUCACCCUGCUCCGGGGAAUUGGGGCAGUUCCGACCGGCUUCCUUCACCGGGUAAUCCGGCAGUAAUGCGCCAACAUCCUGGCGGAUCGGCGACUUCACUACAGUCGUCAACUUCGCAGACCAGUCGCAACACGACCGAUCCUCGGGACGGACUGAAACACCGCCCCUCAGCUCCUUUACGAAGAGGACGUACCUCGCUUCGUCUCAGCACCAUCAAGUCAGCCGUGCUCAUUUAUUUCACCAUCCUCGGCUUAUCGCCCAUCCUCAAAUCCCUGACGCGGUCCACUUCUCCUGAUAGCAUCUGGGCCAUGUCAUUCUGGCUUCUUGCCAUAAACAUCUUCUUCUACGAUUACUCGGGUGGUGUGGGAGUCAAGUUUCCUGCCUCUUUGUCCACCAAUGCGGCGCUCAUGGCGUCGACGGUCCUAGCCUCUCGCCUCCCGUCGACUGGGCAGGUGUUCAGCCUCACGUUGUUUAGUAUUGAGGUGUUCGGCUUGUUCCCGGUAUUCAGGCGAUAUGCGAGGCAUCGGAGCUGGCAGUACCACAUUGCGCUUACCGUGUUGCUCGUUGUCGGGGCCGGUGGCGGUGUGGGUCUCAUCCUGGGCGAGAGAAAAGAUGGGACUUGGCCACGGCGGAAUGGACUCUUCGGCGUUUUCGUUGGGGUCCUUAUCGCAUUUGUAGCCAUGGGGGCUUCUAGUUGGUGGCUGAUUGGGUUGCAGAAGUACAAAAAUGCCAUGAACGGACCCUGGGACCAGGCGAGGCCGAUCAUCAUCAGCCGGCGGCAGUGGGACGACGAUGAAUGA